AGGGUCCUCGUCUUUACAAUUGCUUCUCCCACAUCCGCUUCAUUCACUUCGCCCUUACACAGUCUUUAUACCACUUCUAAUAUCAAUCAUGUCUCCCGUUGCUCUCGAACAAGAGGACCACACUCGCGAUGCCGAGUUCAACAAGGCCAUGCACGGCAAGUCUGCAAAGGCUCGUGGUGGCAUGACUGCCAUGCUUCAAAAGGACAAGGCCGCACAGCAAGCCGCUGUGGACGAGUACUUCAAGCAUUGGGACAACAAAGCGGCUGCGGAUGAGACCGAGGAGACACGCAAGGCACGACGAGACGAAUACGCUACUCUGACCCGCCACUACUACAACUUGGCCACCGACCUCUACGAAUACGGCUGGGGCCAGUCUUUCCACUUCUGCCGCUACGCCUACGGCGAGUCUUUCUACAAGGCCAUUGCCCGUCACGAGCACUACCUCGCCCACAAGAUGAACCUCCAGGACAACAUGCGUGUGUUGGACGUUGGCUGCGGUGUCGGUGGACCAGCCCGUGAGAUUGUCAAGUUCGCUGGUGUCAACGUCGUUGGAUUGAACAACAACGACUACCAGAUUGAGCGUGCCACUGCCUAUGCUGAGAAGGAGGGUCUGUCAGACAAGCUCAAGUUCGUCAAGGGUGACUUUAUGCAAAUGUCUUUCCCCGACAACUCUUUCGAUGCUGUCUACGCCAUCGAGGCCACUGUGCACGCACCAUCCCUCGAGGGCAUCUACAGCGAGAUCUUCCGUGUUCUCAAGCCCGGCGGUGUCUUUGGCGUCUACGAGUGGCUCAUGACGGACAAGUACGACAACGACAACCCCCACCAUCGCGAGAUCCGUCUCGGUAUCGAGAUUGGUGACGGUAUCUCCAACAUGGAGAAGAUUGAAGUUGCGCUCAAGGCCAUGGAGACUGCUGGUUUCAUCAUGGAGCACAACGAGGAUCUUGCCGACAGGGACGACCCAUACCCAUGUACAUCAGCUCAAUUGGCGACAUCCCCCACCAUCCUUCGAAUGACAAAGGUCGGACGUGGAAUCAUCCACAAGUUCGUCGGUGGUCUUGAGAUGAUUGGUCUCGCACCCAGUGGCACCCAGAAGACGGCCGACAGUCUUGCUCUUGCAGGCGACUGCCUUGUUGCCGGAGGCAAGGAGAAGCUUUUCACACCCAUGUACCUCAUGGUCGGAAGGAAACCCGCCGACGCAUAA